CGCAGCUCGUGCACUGUGAAUCACGUCUGACGUCAGAGUCACACUUGCAGCGCGCGUGAGAGUACGGUAGCUGCUCGCGCUCGGUGGGGUUGAGAGGUUGCGUGUAGGCGCGGGCCAAACGCUGAGCGCACGCUUUUCCAAUCCAUCAGCUCAAGGCAGAGGAGCCAACAGCUUGCUUUAGCGUUAUGAACAAACAAACUAGCUGUUUUAGCGCUUUGAUAUCGUAGGCGUUUAUGUGGAAGCUCAAGUGAAUCGCUGAGAGAGCAAGGUGCAGAAGAAGAGGAUGCUGGGAUGAGUGGCGAACAUCGCAAACAUCGUGAUGGAGUCUCACUUCUGUACAGCAUCACUGCUGUUCCGCAGCUUUAGCGCUUUAAAACUCGCGAAAGGAUAUUUAUAAGGCUCGAUAUCGAUCCUAAAAUAUGAAUAUCGGAGUAUCUGCUUUCACACUGUUUACCAACGCGUUAAUUUCUUUGUAAACUGUUUUAGUAGUCUAGGAAAUUCGCGCUAGUGAAGAGGAAGCUUUUUCUAAUUUGCUGAAUAACUUCGCUGUAUUAUGAGUCAGUUUAGUGCUCAAGCCGUGAGCCGUUUUAAAUAAGAGUUUAAAGUUGACCGUGAACUCUUGAGCUUUGACAUUGACAACGACACCAUGGAUAGACGCGGCUGAUUUUCAUCAAACAGGUCUGUCUUUUGUGUUCAUCCAUGACUCUGCUGUUUGCUGAUGGAACAGAAGGUCCUCAGUAAGUCCUCCAUGGUGUCCAGACUGCCAAAAUUUGGUGCCCGUCCUGUCAAUGGUACCCCCUCAUCCCUUCCCAAUGGUACGACCCAGACUGCACUCACGCAAGAGGGCAAGAAUCCCCCAGCUAGGCCAAAUGUAGUGGUCAGAGCCUCCUCCUUCUCCAUGAAAUGGAGAAAGGAUAGUGGUGAGCCAGUGGACCCUUCAAACCCAGUUGAGGGCACGAUACCAGAAGAGAAGAAAGAAGUUCGCUCCCAACAUUCUCUAGGAAGUAGAGAGUUAAAAAGCCCUUCUACUCCCGCAACCAAAGUGCGCAGGUCUGCCUCCUCAUUGUCCACUGGAAGCCCCAAACCGGCACCCAAAUCCCCUAAAUCCAUCCCAAGUCCUAAACCAAAGCCCAAAAACUCUCAAAUCACCACAGCCUCCAAAAGUCAGGACAUAUCCCAAAAAAGCUCAGGCUCCAAGCCAACUCAAAAUGGGACUUCAUCUCUGGGGUCUUCACCGAGCCAAGCAAGCUCUUCAGGGCUUCAGCGUCCAAGAGCAAACUCUAGCUCUACUCGAAGCACCUCCAGAGACAGUUUGUCCCAGUCCAAUGACAGCCUCUCACGGCAGUCGCUCGUGCCUGACUACAUGGUGCGUUCUCAGAGCUUCACUCACUUCAAGCAACUGUCCUCACCAACGUCUGCACCCAUGACGCGCUCCUUCUCUUUCAACAAGGCAGUGGAGCUAGCCAAACCGCUUGCUAAUACACAGCUUCGUCCUCCGCGAACAGUUGGACUCAAAUCUCCUUUGAGCCUGAGCAGAGGCCGUCUAGUGCUCGGAUUGGGGGGCCUGGGAUUUGGAAAGGGGAUAACAGAUAGACUGUCUGCCGGGACUCCUCCUUCAGAGAGUUUAACACCACCUAAUUCCAUAAAAAGGCCUCUUCUGCCUAACUCUGUGCUGACAAAACCCUUACAGACCUACAGGCUAAAUCGACCAAUUCAUGCCAAACCGCAGUGCCCUCUAGUGGUUGGGAGGAGCCCAGUGGAGAGUGAUGUUAUAACUCCGCCUCUCACUCCUGAGUUGCUCCAUUGUGCCACAAAGAAUGCAUCAGAUUCCCCAGAGGAGCCUGUGACAGAGCCAGGGCUGGAUGGGAACCUCCGCUACACUGGGGAGGGAAUGGAGGACAUGUCUCUCUCCUCUGCAUCUUCUCUGGAGAGGAAUGACACCAGUGAGGAGUUUCUACAUGACUUUGAUAAUCUAGGGGAUCAGUCGCAGAAUGGCAUCCCUCAAAACAAAUAUCCUGUGGCCACACCCACCCAAACGCGCCUGCAGGACAUCUUAAAUGAAACCAUGGACUGGACUAGGAUUGGUCUGGCAGGUUGCAAGGCAGAUUUAAUGGGUUGUCCUCUCCGUGGGCCGACGCUCAUGUCCCCUGAAAUGGAUCGGCACACAACCUCCUCUCUGGAGCUCUCCCCCUCUAGCUCUGGAGGAACAUACAUGUGGGAUGAGGAGGGCAUGGAGCCGCUGGGACACAACACACACAUACACCGCUGCAGCAGUUAUGAGUCAGACCUCAACAGCAUUGACAUUCUAAACAACUUGGAUAACACUGGCUCAUGUGAUCUGGAAGAUGAUGACCUCAUGCUUGAUGUGGAUCUGCCAGAGGACGGGGCCUUACUCCAUGAUGGGAUGGCCCACUUUGAGCGUUCUGACAGGGGGGGCCGGCAGGCUCAAUGGAGGAGGAGACAGCAGAGAUGGAGUGGAACGGAUCAUGCGCAUAAUGACAACAGACUGGUUGGGUUUCAUUACGAUCCCUGUCGUACAGGCCAUCGGCCCCUCCAUCCCGCAGUUCAACAUGACAGUCACACGGUGGCGCUAGAUGAACUCACUCUCAAGCAUAUGACGGAAGACUGCUCGUCUGUCAAAUCACAGCUGCUCAAACUCAAGAGUCUGCUGCAGAUGGAUGAUGGUGAGAUUACUCCUGAGAGUUUGGAUUCUAGUGAAGAUGACAGCAGAGCCCAGCAGAUGGAGGAACUGAUGAAGGAGGUGGCGCAUCUCAGGGAAGAGCUGAAAAAUAAAGAUAAAAUCAUCACACGGCUCACUCAUCAACAGCAUCAACAAUCUCCGAUGAGAUGUCAGUGUCAUCAGCAGAAGUCAGGGGUCAAAGGUGAGAGAAGAACUCGUCAUGAUAAAUCCACUCAGACGGUGUGGCGGCCGCCCCAUCAUCACCCCGCUCCUCAAAUACUUCAGCCCAUCAGUCACAUCCCCAACGAGCCCCUCAUCCAGGGAAAACUAGCAAGAACAGUCCCCACCGGGGGCCACAAUGAUGCCUGCACCGAAGAGGAACGGCCUCCUACGUCCUGUCUUCCAGCCCCCUGCACCGAUCCAAUUCUUCCUCCUGUUAAAGACCCUCACGUGGAGUCGAAAUCUUUGCCUGACCCAGAAGAGCUGAGCCGGUUGCUUAGCACCCACCUUCGCAUACAAGACAACAAUGAGAAUGACUCACCAGGGGCUGGAGAACAGAUUGCGAGACCGACCCCUGAAAGCCAUCAAAAUAAACUCCUGCAAACACCUCACCCCUCGUCCUUCUUCAGCCCGCGUGUCCUGCAGCCUCCACGUCUACACAAACGGGUAACUCUCCCUGCUCUGUCUAUAGGGGGCGGUAGUGGGUCAAACCUAAAACCAGGACCCUCAAUGAACCACACGGCUCAGCAGCUUUCUCCUCCACCUCCGUCCAGAGGUUUGCCAUGUUUCAGUGCAGGGAACCUCAUUGUUACUCGCGGUCAGCUAUCCCAGCCUUGGCCAGCAGUGGUCAGGAGUGAGGCUGACCCACAACGCAAUGCUUCGAUACCACUCGGUGUCUCCACAUGACUUGCAAAGCCAAAGAUCCACUGAGCGUCAGCUGCAGCCAUAGACACUGAUAAGGCUACCUCCCUGAACGCAUGAUCACACAUGCGGCUUGCACUAGAUGGUGGUGUUAGUGGCUAGACAACGUUUUAAGCUAAACAAAGCAGCUAAGCUAUCGCAUCUAACUAUGCAACAAAAAGUAGUCACAAUCAGCGCUUCUGUCGCACAAAACCGCUCUAUCACUUCGAAACUAAAAGAUCAUAAUUCCUUAACCACUAAGAAACCUUUACCAUUCACAAUUACAUCAUCCAUACAAGUUGAGCUCCUAAUGGAUUGACAAACUGAAGGAAAGAUUGAAAUUCAGUCUAAAAGAGAAGGCAAACGCAGAGAAAACGAGCACUAGAGAAGUCUUUUUACUGAUACUCAACAAACGUCAAAGACGAGAGUGCUGUGCCAGACUGCCUGUGGAGAUUAUUCAAGACCCUCAGUGUGUGGCUAUUUCCCCGUGUGGUGUGCCCUCAGGAUGCCAACUCAUUUAGUGGGUGAAUCUGACAUUUACAUCACCAACCUCCUGAGGUUUAACUGCAAAAAUGCAUAAUAUUGUCUACGCAGCCUCACGGAUCUUGUCUUAAAGAGAGAGAGUCCUGUGACCCAAGUCUCCUCUCCAGUUUCCGCAGAAAAACUUCUCCGUCUGCUGUGAUUUGAUCUGUUUGUGUAUUACUUUAUGCCUCAUUUCACAUCCUUGUCUGAAUUCACCACAUAAACACGAAGAAAACAGUGCAAGCUACACAAUCUCUUUGUUUCAGCAUUCUCAUUCCUACGUCUUGUUUCUCAGUGCAACAAAGUCUCUUUGACCUGUAGACACAGUGUUUUUUUGCAGGAGGGUGCACACGCUGCUGUCUGUGCUUCCUUUGUUUACCCCUUGGCUUCAGUCAUGAUCAGCAGAUUUCCAUUUUAAUUAGGCUUAUGCCUCAUGUAUUAACAAGGUUCUUUUUCUUGAUUAUGGAUUAUGGCAUGCUCAAAGCAUAAACUUGCUUUUUCACCCCCCAUUAGUUCCAUACAAAAUUGUUAUAAAGCUUUUUAAUUAUUUAUACGCUAUAAAGAUGUUUACAGUUAAAAUGCCUUUAUUAAGCUGUUCGGUCUGUUCCAGUGCUUCAGGAAGAACAUUUUUGCCUUGUCUUUGGAGCCGAAAUACUCUUGCAGUGAAACCUUAAAGGUACACUUGAGCAAGUUCUUAAUUUUUGAAAAAGAUUUUUGUCUUGAUGUUGCACUAACUUAUUUUUGGCUCUGCAAGCAAUGAUACUUUAAAAAAAAAAAAGGAAAAAAAAAAAAAAAAAAAGGAAAGAUGGUUUCCGGUUUGUUUUCCUUAUGGAAGGUCAGAUUCCAUGUGUCUCAGAAGGUUGAUAAGAUUGUCAAUAAUUUGAGUUUUUGUGCUUUUGGCAUGCCUUGAUACAUAAUGCACACUGUAAAACAAAUAUAAAACAAGAUCCACUGCAUGGAAGCACAUGGACUUAUCUGUACUAUGAUUUUAAAUAUGCAAGAAACAAUCUCUGUGUUUAUGUGCAAUAUAUUUAACAGAGUGUGUAUACGUGGAUGUUUAUUCUAAAGCAAAAGUGAUUUACUUCCAUUUCCGAGGGGCUUUGGGUAUUACCGCAUGCUCACACAUGGGCCACAUACUUCUAGACACACCCUACGCGGAGAUGGGCAGCCAUGUCUAAAACCAACUAAAGUAAAUCAGAAGAAGGAUAUUUAUGUUUGUGUGUUUCUCUCUCACCCAACUCUGUGGUUAUACUAAGCAGAAAAUCAAUGGAGGGCUUGUUUUGUAAUGCUCUGGAGGCACUUUGUUUGUAUUUCUCUCUCUCUUUCUGUCUCUGUUUUUGUCGCUGUAUGUGUGCAGGAAGAGAGGUCCCACGUAAUACGCUGUCUCCUUGCUAAUGCAAAGUCACAGAAGUACAUUGAUUCCGUCUGCUGUGGUCAGAGGUGAAUUGCUCAUGUCAAUGAGGUGUCUGUUUACAGAUAGGAGCAUCUUCUUUCGUUUGUCUCCUAACAAAUGAGUCGAGACAGAAAAAAUGGUGUAUAAUUAAAGGGAUGGCUCACUCAAAAAACCCUUAUGUCUUUCCUAAGUAUAACUACUUUCUUCUGUGGAACACAAAAGAAGAAAGCAAAAUGCCUGUAUAAUGCAAGUCAAUGGACAAAGUUGAAAUGACACAAAAACAAUCCCUGCUCACGUUUUUGACCACAUAGACAAUAACAGUUAACAAUUUCUUUAAAAUGUGUUCCACUGAAAAGAGAAAGUUACAGGUUUAUAAUAACAUUUUCAUUUUUGGUUAAACGGAGAUGCAAAAACUGCAUUGUUUCAGGAAUAUCUGUAAACUCAAAGACGCUGUUUCCUUUCACAAAUCGCCAUUGAGAUGCUGCAGUAUGAAAAAACAUGAUCAAAAACAAUUAGCUGCUCCAUAAUAACACUAGGUAUUAGAUUUCCAAAUUGUUAAAAUGCACCCAUGCAAAGACCUUGUGCUGUUGUGUAAAAUACAUUUAUGACUUGCUGCCCAUGUGUGUAUUCCUCUGGGUUCUUUUCACCUGGACGAUUCUUUGAUAGCAUGAAGAUGUCUGGAACAAUAAGCACUUGCCAUAAAGUCCUUUUUUUUUUUAAAUCUCCAAUUUUUCCUUCCAUAUAGUUCAUGUCUUGCUGUGUUUUUCACCUGUUGUGACCCGAGAGUAUGCGGCAUUGUCAGAAUGCUACCGUUGCUCCAUUUAGAGCUUCUUGAAAACAACAGCUGCCAACCUGUUUGUAUGGACAGAAGAGAUGUUUACUAACAGAGGAAUGAAUUUUUGCACUUUAAAUGACCCGUUUCAACCUCCACACUGGAGAGACUGUAGUCUUUUUGACCUGAUCUGUUUGAUUUGCUGUCAUUUUAUUGUGUGCAACUACUUUUAUUUGGCUGUUUGUGUCUUGAUGUUCUGUGUGCCCUGGUCCAGUGGAAGGUGUGAGACUUUAAUAAAGUGAAGGAAUAAGAUUCA